UAAGUAUAGUAGCACACUGGUGGUAUCAUAUCAGCUUACAUUGCAACAGCAAAAACUUUCUGACUCCGUCGUGUUAGCUAGCAAUGGCUGCUGCCUCUUCGACUCCAGAGACCCACGCCGCGCUCCCUCACAUCGCCAUCUUCCCGUUCCUGGCCAAGGGCCACACGAUCCCGAUGAUCCACCUCGCGCACUACCUCCACCGCCACGGCCUCGCCGCCUUCACCUUCUUCACCACGCCCGGCAACGCCUCCUUCGUCCGGGAGGGGCUGUCCGGCACGGACGCCGCCAGCUCACCUUCCCAGCACUGUUGGAGAACGUGGUGGCUUGACAACAAGGCGGCCGAUGGCAGGGUGGUGCUGUAUGUUGCUCUCGGGACGCUGGCAGCGAUCCCGGAGUCACAGUUGAAGGCGGUCGCGGAUGGGCUCGAGCGGUCUGAGGUGGACUUCAUAUGGGCUGUUAGGCCCACGAACAUUGACCUCGGUUCGGGUUUCGAAGAGCGCACAAAGGGCAGGGGCUUGGUGGCGAGGGAGUGGGUGGACCAGCUGGAGAUCUUGAAGCAUCAAAGUGUGCGAGGGUUCUUGAGCCAUUGCGGGUGGAACUCGGUACUCGAGAGUGUCGCAGCCGGUGUGCCGCUAGCGGUUUGGCCUAUGCAUGCCGACCAACCUUUCAAUGCGAAGCUCGUAGUUGAUGAGUUGAAGGUCGCGGUAAGAGUUCAGACAAGUGAUAGAACUAUUAGGGGUUUUGUCACAAGUGAGGAGGUUUCGAAGGUGGUGAGGGUGCUCAUGCUAGGUGAGGAAGGGGUGGAGGCAGCGAAGAACGUGGCGGAGCUAUCGGCCCGUGCAAAGGAAGUCAUGGAAGAGGGAGGGCCAUCAUGGAAAGCAUUGAAAGAUAUGAUCAGUGAGUUCUGCGUGAAGAAGGUGAAUGGGAGCUUAGAGGAGAGCCAGGACGAGAAGGUAGAUGCUUAG